CCGGCCCCCUCCCCCUUCUUUGCUCACCUAUUACCGGGCAGCUACCUUCCCGGUCUUCUGAUGAUGGGCCAAAACACCUUGCCUGUCCCGGACCAAAAGCCGGCGCUGCUGUUGCCCCUGACGGCCGGCGCAGUUGGUGCUGGCUGCAUCGCCGCCAUCGGCAUGCUCUCCACUUCGGCCGCGGCCGGGAUCCUUGCGGUCAUCGUCUGCGGCACCCUGUUCGUGGCCAACAUCUACAUCACCAAUCGCAGGAAAUUCCCAGCCAUCCUCCAGCUGCCCUCGCGCCCCUGUUCCCUGCUUAUGGGUCACAUUGGCCUGGUCCCGAGGGACCCCAAAAAGCAGGAGGCCCAUUUCACGGCUCUCUCCUGCCACCCCAACACCCCGGGGUAUGGGCAGUUUUGGAUUGGCCCCAUCCCCGGGGUUGAGGUCUACUCGCCGAAUGCCAUCAAGGCCGUCAUCGGUGCUUCGCAGAUGGCCAACGCGGCGAAGUCCUUCUCGUACGACCUGCUGGCGAAUUGGCUCGGGCCCGAGGGGAUCCUGCUGAGCGAUGGCGGACCCCGGUGGCAGCACUACCGGCAUCUCCUGAGCCCGGUCUUCCAGCACCAGGAGGCCCUGCGCGGCCCCUUCUACGAGGUGAUGCACGAGCAGGUGGGCUCCCUCGUCCGGCCGAAGCUGGUCAAGUCCGUGCACUACAGCGAGAGGACCAACCAAUUCCACUCGUACUACUACCGGGAUGCCACGUCGCACGGAUCUUCCCUGCCCACCUCCACGGUGUACCCCUCGCAGGAUGCCGAGGGCAAUCUGCUGACCACGGAGUUCGGCCUGUCCACCUACGCCGAUCACCAGACCGUGUCCAUCCAAGAGCUGCCGGAGAAGGCGCCGGCCGGGCUGCUCCCGCGGUCGGUGGACCUGGUCCUGGACAGUGAUCUGGUGGACCAGCUGAAGCCCGGUGAUCGGUGCGUGGUGUACGGAUCGUACCGGGCCCUGCCGAACCGCAUGGCCGCCUCGACGUCCGGGAUCUUCCGGUCGGUGCUGCUUGUGAACCACAUCCGGCGGAUCGGCGCCGAGGACUCGCAGCCGACCAUCUCGGCGCAUGACAUCCAAAACAUUCGGAAGAUCGGCCGCCGCGGGGACAUUGUGGAGCUGCUGUCCCGGUCGCUGGCGCCCUCCAUCUACGGGCAUGACACCAUCAAGCGAGCCAUCUUGCUGAUGCUGCUGGGCGGCCUGGAAAAGAACCUGACCAAUGGCACGCGCAUUCGAGGGGACAUCAACAUUCUCAUGGUCGGUGACCCGUCAACCGCCAAGUCGCAGCUUCUGCGCUUUGUGCUGAACACCUCGCCGCUGGCCAUCGCCACCACCGGUCGCGGCGCGUCCGGUGUCGGUUUGACGGCGGCCGUCACGCAGGACAGCGAGACCGGCGAGCGGCGCCUCGAGGCCGGUGCCAUGGUGUUGGCCGACCGCGGGGUGGUUUGCAUCGAUGAGUUUGACAAGAUGUCCGACAGCGACCGGGUGGCCAUCCACGAGGUGAUGGAGCAGCAGACGGUCACCAUCGCCAAGGCCGGCAUCCAUGCCACGCUGAAUGCCCGGUGCUCGGUGGUGGCCGCGGCCAACCCCGUGUACGGGCAGUACAACCGGACCAAGACCCCGCACGAGAACAUCGGCCUGCCGGACUCGCUGCUGUCGCGCUUUGACUUGCUCUUCAUCGUGCUGGACACCAUGGACCCGGAGCACGAUCGGGCCAUCUCGUCGCACGUGCUGAAGAUGCACCAGUACCGGCGCCCGGGCGAGGAGGAUGGCGCCCCGCUGCCGCUGCACAAUUCCAACAGCAUCCUCGGGGCCGGGAUCGAUGGCACCGGCGGAGCCGGCCAGUCCGGCGACCCGGCCGAGGGCCUGGUGGUGGCCGACACGCCGGUCUUCGCGCAGGAGCGCUAUGUGUCCAGCCAGCCGCUGCAGCCGGGUGCCCGGCGGUCUACUGCCUCCCGCAUUCUGACCAUUCCCUUUGUCAAGAAGUAUAUCCACUACGCGAAGUCCAUGGUGAAGCCCACGCUCACGCCCGAGGCGCAGGAGGCCAUCUCGCGAUACUUCACCGACCUGCGAAACAGCAACAACCCGAAGGAGCACCGGUCGCUGCCCGUGACUGCUCGUUCUCUGGAAACGCUGAUUCGCCUGGCCACCGCUUCGGCCAAGGCUCGCCUGUCGCCGGAGGUGGUCUUGUCGGAUGCGGAGUUUGCCUUUGAGAUGUUGCAGUUUUCCCUGACGCACUCGACCGAUGUCGAGCGGAAGAAGCGCCGGCGCCCCGUGCCCGGGGAUGGGGCUGCCCGUGCGGCGGCCUCCGGCGGCGGCUCGGCCGGUGCCGACUCGCAGUCGUCCACCAGCACCACCAGCACCAGCACGGCCACCACGGCCGGUGCCAGUAGCACCCUCGGCAGCGUCGGGUCCGAUGCCGGCACGGCUGCCAGCACCGGCCUCACAGGCUCGAGCGAAGUGUAUCCCUCCUCGUUGGAUGGAUCAUCGCAGCAGCACCUGCUGCCCGGGGCCACGACGACGUCCCAGGAGACCUCCUCGUCGCAGGUGUCCUCCGCCACCACGGCCGCCUCGACGUCCCUCUUUGCGCAGGCCAUCUCCGAGAGCAGUGCGCCCUCCAGCUCGGCCUCCUCGGUGCCCAGCCAGGCGGGCCCGGUGGACGAGCAGCGCUUGCGGCAAUUCCAGCAGGCCCUCCUGCGGCAAUUCCGCCAGAGCGCCUCGCAGAGUCUCAAUGUGGCGGACGCCCUGGCCGGCAUCAACCGGACCGUGUCGCCGGGCUUCUCCAAGGAGGAGGCCGACAGCCUGCUCGCGCUGAUGGCGCGCCAGGGGAAGGUCAUGGUCACGGGCGGCAUCGUCUAUAUGACCAUCUGAUUUUUUUUAGAAAUACACACCAACAUCGCACGUGAUA